AUGGAUUAUUCAGAAGACGAAAAUGAUUAUGGCGACUACUUAGAAGAUCAUGAAAGUGAUGAUGAUGAUCAAAUGGAAGAUGUUCAAUCUACUUCUGAUAAUUUUAUAGUUGAACCAUCAAAUGAUCAAGGAAAAAUAAU